CUCUCUCAUUUGGGGUUUAUUUAGGGUUCUUCCGAGAGAGGGUGAAGCGCCAUGAGCACGCUCGACAAGAUGCUGAUCAAGGGAAUCCGGAGCUUCGGCCCGGAUAAUACGCAUGUCAUCACCUUCUAUCGGCCGCUCACGCUCGUCGUCGGCGCCAAUGGCGCUGGAAAGACUACGAUCAUCGAGUGCCUCAAGAACGCGUGCACUGGAGAGCUGCCUCCAAAUGCGAGGUCCGGCCAGAGCUUCAUCCAUGACCCCAAGGUUGAUGGCCAGACCGAGACAAAGGGGCAGAUCAAGCUUCGAUUCAGGACAGCGUCUGGGAAAGACGUUGUGUGCAUUCGAUCCUUUCAGCUCACGCAAAAGGCGUCAAAGAUGGAAUACAAGGCCAUCGAGAGUGUUCUUCAGACUAUCAACACUCACACCGGAGAGAAAGUGUGCCUUAGUUAUCGCUGUGCGGACAUGGACAGAGAGGUUCCAGCUCUCAUGGGCGUAUCGAAGGCCAUUUUGGAGAACGUAAUUUUUGUGCAUCAGGACGAGGCGAACUGGCCAUUGUCGGAAGCUUCUGUUCUGAAGAAAAAGUUCGAUGACAUUUUUUCGGCGACCAGAUACACGAAGGCCCUGGAUGUCAUCAAGAAGCUCCACAAGGACCAAACACAAGAAAUCAAGAUGCAGAAACUGAAGCUUGAAAACGUGCAAACGCUCAAGGAUGCAGCGUACAAGCUGCAAGAAACUAUCGACGGCGAUCAGCAGAAGACAAAGCAACUGCAAGACUUGAUAGCCAUUCUGACUCCAAAGAUCCAGGCUGCGCAGGCUAAGAUAAACUCUUUAGAGGGUGUUCUGGAGGAAAUAAGGCAGCUGCAGAAAGAAAUAAAUUUCAAAGAUGGCGUCAGAACUUCUGUGCUAAAGGCCAAGACCGAGCAGUACAAUGCGCUGGAGGAGGAAAACGAAGACAGCGAUGAAGAUCUGGCUGAAUGGCAAGAAAAGUUUCAUGAAAGGAUUGCGCAGUCCAACAAAGAGAUUUGCGAUCUUCAAAGGAGCUUGGAUGCUGCUAACACGCAAUAUGACACCUUGUCUGAGUUGAUUGCUCAAGCGUCUACACAAGUUGGAAAGUUCGAGGGAGAAGAAAAUGCCCAUCUUCAAGAUAAAAAGCAGUGCGAUGCCCUUAUACAACAGCUUUUUGACCGUUACAAACUUGGCAAUCUGGUGCUUCCACUUGAUGAACAGGCGACAGAAAGAUCCAUUGCUAGGAUUACAAAUCGCCUGGAAGAUUUGAAGCAGGAUCAUGCUAAACUUACGAGAUUUCACGAGAAGGAACUAGCUACAUUUUCAAAAAAACUGGAUGACGUCAACCAGAAAUACAGCGAUGCUAGUGGAAGAAAGGAUGGAAAAAUUGGUCAGAAGAGGUCUAUAGAAAAGCGUAUUGACGAGCUAAGAACCACCUUCCGGGACACGUCAACUCUCGAGGGCGAGUUAAGAAGAAGCGCAGAGAGAGCUGCAUCAAUGGAUACGGAAGUUAAAAGAAUGCAGAGGAAAAUGGACGACAUGAACUUUGAUGAGCUCAUCAGCGAAGAACGAAAAAAUAAGCUGGGCAUAGAGCAAAAGAUUCGGAGCUUGCCUGUGAAGUCAGAUGUGGAGCUUACAUUCGGCAACAUCUCUAAGGCAUACGACGAGCUUCUUGAUAGAUCCCGAGAUGCCGAUAUGAGAGUUGCACAGGCACGCGCAAUGCUUGACGAUGCAAAGUCUACACUUGCGAAGCAGCAAGAAGAGAAAGAAGCUAAACGGAAGCUCUUGAUUAGCAGGCUUUACAGUCUUUUUCAACAGGAUUUGAAUCCCAGCAGUUAUCCAUCAAAGUUACGCGAACUCUCUGACGCAAGAGAUUCGAGCAAAAGCCAACAUGACAUGGCCGACGGAAUGCGGCGGAUGUUUGACCCGUUCGAGCGAAUUGCAAGGGCAACUCAUGCAUGCCCGUGCUGUGAACGACCUUUUGCCACUCCUGAGGAGGAAGACGAGUUUGUUGACAAGCAACGAGUAAAGCGCUCAUCUACUGCACAACGCCUGCAUGAAUUGGCGUCCUUGACCAGCAUUGCGGAUAAUAAAUUUCAGCAGCUGGAUAAACUUCGGCCGUUGUUUGAGGAAUACCAAAAGCUAGAGAGUCAAGGAAUUUCAGCUACGGAGAAAUCUAUCUCGGACAUGACAAUGGAGCUUGAGAGAAGUACAGAAACGCAAAAUGACGUAUCUUGUCUCCUAGCACAGUCCAAAGCCGAGCUUGGCUUGGUAACAGAGCUUCGAAUUACUGCGCAGUCGAUCGAGGAAGCUUAUACGAGCGUUCAAAACCUCGAAAGGGAGGUCAGAACGCUUGAAAAUCAGCUUAACCCUGAGUCAUCUCUGCGGUCCCCAGAUGACGUAGGAGAAGAACUUGAAAAGCACGAGAAACAACUGGAAGAAUUAAAUCGAAAGCUCGAUAGGCUUAAGGAAGAACAUGACUACAUGAAAGACGAUCUUGCAAACUGCAAGCAGAGGAAACAUGCUGAGGAGAUGAAGAAAGCAGAUUUAGAGAAAAAGCUAGAACGGAACAAAGCUUUGAAGGAGGAGGAAGCUAGCUUGGUUAAACAGAUGAAUCAAAUCGACACUGAAAUUCAGUUUGAAAUGGAGCAGCUGGAGCCUCUAGCAGAAGAAAAAGAAAGGCACCUAAAAGAGUUCGAUCAACUUAAGAGAAAGUUUAGACAAGAGCAGGAUGUUAGCACUCAGGGCGUAAACGACUUCGACAAAGAGGUUCAUUCCUUAACGAAUAUCUGGGGAAAGAUUAAAGAUUAUGUGGAGCGUCAUAAAACACACAACGUCCAGACCGCGAAGAGAAGGUUGUCUGAGCUGCAGGCGCAGAAGGACGAAGAAGAGUCCAAAAAAAGCUUUUGCCUUGCGGAAGUUCAGAGAGUGAAUAACGUGCUCGCGCAGCAGAAAGUCAUCGAAAGAAACAUUGCCGACAACAUAAAAUAUCGUAAGCUUUGCGCAGAGGAGCAGAAGUGCAUCCAGGAAAUUAAAGCGCUGGAAGAAAGAAUGCUGGCAAUUGGAAACACAUUGGACUUCGAGGGAGAACUGAAGAAAGCUUUGAAAGAAAAACAGCAUCUAAUGGGCGAGGAGAGCCAUCACAAAGGAACUAUUGCGGUGCACGAAAGCAACAUAGCAAGGAACAAAACAGACUUAAAGCAGCCGCAGUACAAAAAUAUCGACAAGCGUUAUCGAGCCCAGCUUAUACAGCUUAAGACGAUGGAAAUGGCGAAUAAGGAUCUGGAUAAAUACUAUAACGCACUGGAUCGAGCCCUGAUGCGAUUCCAUACCAUGAAGAUGGAAGAAAUCAACAAAAUAAUCAAAGAGCUCUGGCAGCAGACAUACAGGGGACAAGAUAUCGACUUUAUCGAAAUAAGAGCCGACGCCGAAGGAACUGGCACUCGUUCUUAUAGCUAUCGGGUGGUAAUGAGGGCGGGAGGCGCAGAGCUCGAAAUGCGUGGCCGCUGCAGUGCUGGGCAGAAGGUCCUGGCUGCCCUGAUCAUUCGCUUGGCUUUGGCUGAGACGUUUUGCCUCAACUGCGGGAUUCUGACGCUGGACGAGCCUACGACAAACUUGGACGCUCAAAACGCUGAGAGCUUUGCAGCUGCGCUCUUAAGGAUUAUGGAAGAGCGGCGAGGACAGGAAAACUUCCAGCUUAUCGUGAUCACCCACGACGAGAGAUUUGCGCAACUUAUCGGGCAGCGGCAGCUAACGGAGAAGUACUACCGAGUGUCCAAGGAUGAAAGGCAGCACAGCCUGAUAGAAGUUCAAGAGAUUUUCGGGUAAAUAGAAUAGAAGACGGUGGCGUAUAUAGAAAUAUAUGUAGAGGUACACACUCUCUCCCGUCCACGUAAAAAAUGCUCACACAUGAGGUUUAUUUUUCAUUGAGAUGACUAA